ACAAAAGGUUCUCCUUACGCUUGGUAUUGUACAAAAAGGCCUUUUAGCCUAGAGCCGUCGUACCCAACCCUCUCAAGCGUAGCACGUGUGACCCCGACACGUUGCACCUGACUGUGAGUCCCGGUCUCGAAAGAACGAAGAGAAAUUCUGCGCGUUUCGAUGGAAUUAAAGGCCGGUUCGGUCAGAUGAUUCAAGAGUCGUCGGGAUGGACAUGGAGAUGAAGGGAAAGUGUUGACAAAGCGCUAUAGGUGGCAUAGAAAACCCCUCGGGACGACGGACUUCCGCAUCCCAAAGACCCAUUUCGCCGCCUGCCCCCUCAAUCCGCAAUGACCACCACCUUGACUCAAAACUACAUGGCCCCGGCCGCCCCUGUCCUCUCCAAGCAGCCGUCAUGGACCGAGCAAAACUCCCUCCAGUCGAGGACGACUGUGAACAAUAUGGUCAGGACGCUUGACCCCUCGGCGAAGCUGCCGUACGUGCCCGACAUGGCCCUCCCGACCCCGCCAGCGACGACAGCGAGCAUGUUGUCCACCGACGACGCCCACCCUGCCCUCGCCAACGUGGUCGAUAUACCGGUGCACCAGCUUAUUCAGCAGACUAUCGCGACUAGCACCGGUGUCGACUUGGACGAGUCUGCAUUCUUUGCUGCCGACUUGAGCGCGGUCUACCAAUCUGUCCAGCGAUGGCGCGCUUCGCCUAUCGGGUCGCGUGUCGAGAUCUUUUACGCGGUCAAGUGCAACCCCUCCCCUGCGGUGCUGCACUUGCUUUCCCUCAUGGGCACUUCGUUCGACUGCGCAUCUUCGUCCGAGAUCAACCAGGUCCUCGCGCUUCCCUCUGCGCCGGCCGGGGACAGGAUCAUCUUUGCCAACCCCUGCAAGCCCGCUUCCUUCAUCCGCACCGCGGCCCAAAAGGACGUGAGCAUGAUGACGUUUGACAAUGCCGACGAACUUUACAAGAUCAAGCGGAUCUACCCGAACGCCAAGCUCGUCUUGCGUAUCCUUACAGACGACUCCAAGUCGCUCUGCCGACUUGGCUUGAAGUUUGGUGCGCCCCUCGACUCGUGCCCCGGUCUUCUCAAGCUCGCCCGCCAGCUUGGGUUGAACGUCAUCGGUGUCUCCUUCCACGUUGGAAGUGGGUGCAAGGACCCGAUGCAGUUUGCCGAUGCCGUUUGGCGCGCGAGAAAGGUGUUUGAUAUGGGUAAAGAGGCUGGGUACGACUUUGGGUUGUUGGAUAUCGGAGGAGGGUUUGAGCAUGAGACGUUCAAGGAGAUGACUGAGGUGUUGAACGAUAGCUUUGAGCUCUACUUCCCUGCGAGCAGCGGGGUGAGGAUCAUUGCUGAGCCUGGACGAUUCUUGGUGUCCAGUGCAUUCACCUUGGCGACUUCUAUCAUUGCCGCUCGUCGAGCCAUUGGAGCCGAGGCCGGCAAGGAACAGGCUCAGGCUGUUGCUCAGGAAGAGGCCAAGUCUGCUGACGUGAUGUACUACAUCAACGACGGCGUUUACGGUUCUUUCAACUGCAUCAUGUUUGACCACCAAAUCGUCCACCCCCACCCGCUCACCAUCGCCCACGAGCGCGCCAUGGUUGAGCCUCCCUUCCCUCCUCUGCCCAAUGUGGCAGUCGACGUCGACCUCCCCGUUCAGAUGGGCUACACCGAUGUUGAGACGGCCAGUGUCUGGGGACCUACCUGCGACUCGAUCGAUUGUGUGAGGCAGUUGGUGGACUUGCCUAGGGGUAUGGAUGUGGGUGAUUGGAUCGGAUGGAGUGAGAUGGGGGCGUACACUCUGUGCGCUGCGAGUACUUUCAACGGCUUCGAGAAGUCUCCUGUCCUCUGGACUACUGGUGGACACUCUGAAGACGCCCUGGCUGUGCGAGCUAUUCUCGACUCUUACAAUGCUACUUUCCUCAGAUGACAUCGACUACUCCCCCGUAUAAAAAAAGGAAACGAGUAAAAAGUAGUCAUUGUUCGUCUGGGAAUAUCACGUAGCAUCUAGUAGCCGAUCUUGUUUCUCACUCAUAGCUGUAUACAAAAUGAAUCUGUAACAUACUUUCAUCGGACAA